CUUCGAGCAACUCUGCAUCAACUUCGCCAACGAGCACCUGCAGCAGUUCUUUGUGCAGCACGUGUUCACCAUGGAGCAGGAGGAGUACCGCUCGGAGAACAUCUCCUGGGAUUAUAUCCACUACACCGACAAUCGGCCCACCCUGGACCUGCUGGCCCUCAAGCCCAUGAGCAUCAUCUCCCUCCUGGACGAAGAGAGCCGCUUCCCACAGGGGACAGAUCUCACCAUGCUGCAAAAACUGAACAGUGUCCACGCCAACAACCAGGCCUUCCUACAGCCCAAGAACAUGUACGAUGCAAGAUUUGGCAUUGCCCAUUUUGCCGGCGAGGUGUACUACCAAGUAGAAGGCUUCCUGGAGAAAAACCGAGAUGUGCUGAGCACAGAUAUCCUCACCGUGGUUUACUCCUCCAAAAACAAGUUUCUGAGGGAGAUAUUCAACCUGGAGUCAGCAGAGACCAGGCUGGGCCGUGGGACCAUCCGCCAGGCAAAGACAGACAUGUACAGGAAAGUCUGUUUUAAUCACCUGUGGGUCUCCAGCAUGCAGUAG